UCGGUCGGUUGUCCGCUCGAUCUUCUUGGUUUGGUGUCGACCUCCUGGACAUAAAUCGCGAACCGAAGAAGUAAAAAAUUCUUCGACAAAAGAGACACGACAUCGCAUUGCCGGUCGGUGCCGAGUUUAUUUCAUAUAUUCUUUUCUUUCAUCGACAAUCUGCGAAGAGGACGCGCCAUGGCGGCGUGGACUCGAAUUUUCCAAGGGCCGGUCCUGCUCCUGUUCGUCGUCCUUUGGGCACCACAAGCUGUACGAGCCGCCCCGUACGAACAAGACACGACAGAAAUCGAAUAUUAUCCAAUCGCCGAUUCGACCGGUUGCUAUUACAACUUCCAACAUUACGACGAAGGAGACAGGAUAAUCACGAACGAGCCAUGUUUGAAUUGUACUUGCCAUAAUAGGAUGCUCAUGUGUUACCUAAGAGUAUGUCCGUUUACAAAAGCAAUCGGUCAAGACUGCAAAAUCGAGAAAAGAGCGGAUCAAUGCUGUCCUGUUAUAACCUGCCCUGAAGUACCAGUUCAACUUUUGACAUCUACCACCCAAUCGUCGACAGCGGUCGGUCAUUUGGAUGCUUACGGGUGUUCCAUCGAUGGACUGUUCUAUUCAGACGGAGCGAGAGUACCGUCCGAUCCCAACAAACCGUGCGAACUUUGUUACUGCAUCAGGAACAAAACGGCCUGUGUCAUGCAAGAAUGUACGCUUAAAGUCGAAGGAUGCAAACCAGUUUAUCAAGAAGGUGUAUGUUGUCCAGUUCGGUACGAUUGCGAACAUCCCGAUUACAACCUUCUAGAAACGACCACCAGAAGACUAAUUACCACAACAACACAAGCUCCAACAACGACUCUCGCUGGACCGGUCGACUGCGUCUACAAUAACGAAGUAUACGCUGAUGGUGCUCUAGUCAUCAAAGAAAAACCAUGCGAACAUUGCUACUGCAUGAGAGGUGAUAUUGUGUGUGCUGUUCAAGAAUGCAAUCCUACUCCACUCGACAAAGUCAAUUGUACGGCAUUACCACCGAAAGAAGGACAAUGCUGUGCUGACUCUUAUGACUGCGAUCACAUGACUGAGGAAGACCUUACGACUGGGUAUUUGUACACAACUCCAUCACUUGUCAGCUUUGAUGAAAAAGCAACAGUUCGACCAGAAAUUGAACCUGCGACAACACAACAACCAAUAGGCAAAGAAGGUGAAACACAAGAACCUGUUACAGUUGUGCCGAGCGAAGCUGAAAAAGAACAUCCAGAACAACUUCCUGAAAUACCUGAAAAGGAAGAUCACGAAGAACCAGUCAAAGGUGUUACGUCACUUUUCGAUGAACAAGCUCACGUCACAGAACCGCAAGAAGUACCAACAACUGUCAAGGCACCACAAGAACAAGAAUCGAAUGAAAUUCCAGAAGAACACGAAAUUGUAACUGCUGGUCCUCAUAUUCCAUCACAAGACGAGAUAGUUUAUCCUCAAGAAACCGAAUAUCCAAAACAUUCAACUGAAGAACACGAAGCUGGUUCCGGGGAAGGUCAAGUAACAGAACAGGAAACUGAAAUACCUGGACAAGCCACUGAAAGUCCCGAAAUUGGAAUACCUAAAGGCACGGAAUUGCCACAAUCACCGGAAACUGUAACUGAAACUAAAGCUUCGGAACUUCCGGAACAUGCAACUGAAGCUAAGGUACAGGAAAUUACAGAGAAACCGGAACAUGUAACUGAAGGAAAUAUUAGCGAAUUACCACCAACUGUCACUGAAGCUGAACAUGAGCAACCACAACACGUACCAGUCGAAGAACACGAACCGGAGGAAGAAGAAGAAGAAGAACACGUUACUGAAUACGAAACACAUGAAGGUAAAGGAACAGAACUGCCACACGAACAAGGGCCGGAAGAACCUGAAGCUGGUACUACUGAACACCCACAUGUAAUCCAACACGUUACGGAGAUUGCACCUGAAAUUGGUUCCGGUUUGCCUCAUGAAAUGGCAGCUGUUACUGAAAGAACAGACGGUAAAGGCACCGAAAUACCACAAGAAGAACAUAUUCCGGAAGUAACAGAAAAGGAACAAGUUGGUGUUACGCAAAUUCCAUCCGGUCAUGUUCCUAAAGGGGAAGAAGAAGGCCAACAACCAGUUGAAGAAGGUACCAAAGUGCCGGAAGAACACGUAACGGAAACACAGACCGUCAAGGCCGGUGAAAUACCACAAGUACCAGAAAGUGUACCACAAGAACAUGUGACAGAAGGUGUUGUACCAGAACAUGGAUUGGGAGAAAAGGUCACUGAAAUACCAACAGCUGCUGGUGAAGGUACAGAAGUGCCAGAAGAACAUGUACCAGAAGGUGGAAUUACUGGAUUGCCGCCUAAAGAUUUGGUAUAUCCUACUGAAAUACCUGAAGGACAAGUAACAGAAGGUCAUGAGUUGCCCAAAGAAUAUGCUACAGAAUUGCCAAAAGAACAUAUUGCAGAAUUACCAAAAGAACAUGUUACACAGUUGCCAGAAGAACAAGGUACUGAAUUACCAAAAGAAGGAACUGAGUUGCCUAGAGAACAUGCUACUGAAGUACCAGAAGAACAAGAGAAAGAAAAAUUACCUUCCGUGACUGAAAGUUCGGUCACUGAACAUGCUCCAGAACAAAUUAUUACAGUAGUACCAGAAGAACUUAUACCUGUCGAAAAAACUAAAGAACACACUACGCACAGACCAGAAACUGAAACUGAAACUUCGCAAGAACAAGUUACUGAAGGACAAGCUAAAGGUGAGAGUACCGAAUUGCCAGAAGAACAUGUUACUGAAGAAAUUUCCAAAAAACACGAAGUGCCUAAAGAACCUUCAGUCGAAGAAGAAAGUACUAAAUUACCGGAAGAACAUAUUACUCAAGGUCCAGAAAGUGAAAGUCCAACUGUAUUGCCAGCGGAGCAUGUUACUGAGGCCAAGAUUGGAGAAGAACCUACUGAACAACCAAAAGAACACGCUACAGAUGUUCCUGCUGUUGUUGGUCCAGUUACUGAACUACCAUCUGAACAUACAACGGAAGAGCAUGUUCAUAAAGCUACUGAAUUGCCAGAAAAGGAACAUAUUACUGAACAUCCGGUUCUUGGAGUUGAAACCACCAAACAACCAGCUGGACACGUAACUGAAAAACACAUUCCUGAAGGAACAACAUUAUUGCCAGAAUAUAUUACUGAAGGACAUGUGGAUGAAGGUAAGGUGACCGAACAACCUCAGGCACAUGUGACUGAACAAGGAAGAGAAACGGAAGCAUCUGAAGGUCAAGUCACUGAAGUUCCACAGCCACAUGCUGAUGAAGGUCAAAUAACAGAACAUCCAGAAGAAGAACUACAUGUUACAGAAGGACAAGUAAAAGAAAAACCAGAAAUUAUUACUGAAGGAAAACUUGAUGAAACAACAAAAUAUGCUGAAGAACCAACUCCCGUAGAAGGUGAACUCCCUGAAAAUUAUCCUGUGGAACACGAUCACGUGCCCGAAGUUCCUGAACAACAAACAGAAAAGGCAGUACCCGAAGUACCAGAAACUGAAACCGAAACUGCAACUUCAGCACCUUCAGAAGAAGCUGAAACCGAGAAAACACGCAAAACCACAAUUAAACCAUCUCUUAUUGGACAAACUGAAAAAAGUGUCACAGAACACGAAGCUGAAACUCACAUUCCUAUUAAACCUAGUGAAGAAGCUGAAGGUACUACUCCCAGAUUACCACAAAUGCCAGUUGAAGAAGAACAAGAAACCGAAUCUGCAAUUGGUAAAGUAACAGAACAACCCAAGGAAAAAGAAACAGAAAUUCCACAACAAGCAACUGAUGCUUCAAGAAUUCCAAGUGAAGAAUUUGAAACUUCGAACACUCCAGGAGAACCUUCUGGUGAAGUUACAGAAGAACCUACUUAUCCUCAUGCUGGUCAUGAAGGUGUGGAAGAAGAAGAGAAACCUGGAAUACCUGGAGAAGGCAGUUGCUUGGUUGAUGGACAAACAUACAAAAACAACUCCAACGUUCCACCAAUCAACCACUGUCAAGUGUCUUGCAAAUGUAUGAGUUCAAUCUUGCAGUGCGAGUCUGUAACUUGUACACCACCUCCUUCGAAUUUACAACACUGUAUGCCUGUGUAUCAAGGACCUGACAGUUGUUGUCCAACAUACAGUUGCAGUGUACCUGGAGUAACUAGCAUGGAAUCAGACAGUCACAAAGUCGAAAUAUCUACCACAGAAACAAUCCCAGGCACUGUCGGUGUUAAUAUCUUGAUACCAAGCGAAGAAGGUAUUGUUAAACCAGAAGGUACGACAGCAUCCAGCCGCGAUUCGACUGAAUUGCCAGAAUAUUCACUACCAGAAGAACAUGUUACUCAUGAACAACCUGGAGUUAGCGAAGCAAGUGUAACGCCAGAAAGUUACGUUCCACCUGCUACUACGAUCAAAUCAGUACCUGCUCAUACUGAAGUGCCCGUGGAAACGGCAACUGGAACAGAAAAGAUUGAAGGACAAGUUACAGAAAAACAAGGAGAAUUGCAACCUACAGAAAUCAGUCACGAAGCUACUACACUCAAAUCUAGUUCUGAAAGCGAACAACAACCAGAAGUUCAUGUUACUACGGACUACCCAGAAGAUGUAAGACAUGAUGAAGUGCAUCCUGAUGAAGGAGAAAAUGCCAUAGAAGAUCAUACAUAUUCCCAUGUAAUAGAUUCUGGCCGAGACCCAACAGUAACGGAACAAGAAGAAGAAGAAAUAACAACUCCAUCGCCGGCACUUGUAACAGAAAAACAUCCAGUUUUUGUUACGGAAACAGAAGAAGAAAAAGCAACAGAAGGGCCAGAGAAACCAAUUGAAGGAGAAGCUCCUGCUACUGAAAUUCCAAAGACUGAAGGAAAAGUUCCAGCUGUAACUCAAGGUGUUAUAGAAAGUGUUCCUGAAGUUGUUACUGAAGGUGUGACAGCGGGUGUUACUGAAAUUGCUCAUGAAGGAACUACAGUACUAGUUACUGAACCAGCUCUUAAAGCUAGUUCUGAACCUUCUGUUGAAGAAGAAGCUAAAGUAACUACCGAACCUUCGAAAGAAGGUCCAGUGAGUGCUACUGAACCGGUUGGAGAAUACGUUCCUAAAGGUGAAGUUGGAAAAGAAGAAUCUGCAUCUGCAACAACUGAAUAUCUCAAACCCAGUAUUCCUGAAGCUGAAACUAAACUUCCAGAAGCUGUAACUGAAGGCAAAAAAGAAUUACCUGAAAUACCAAGCAUUACAUCACAACAAGAACACGUUACUGAAGGUGUUAAAGAACAAGAACCUCACUACGAUGAAGGCGCUCAACCACAUGAAGAUCAUGUUACUGAAAUUGAAAUACCAGCUACCGCAGCACCUGUAACUGAAGGAAAAGCUCCAGAACAAGAAACUGAAGAAGAGAUUAUUGAAGUUGCUACCGAACCAAGUGCAACAGAGAAGGUCCCUGAAAGUAUAAGCCAUGUAACUGAAAAAACGCAAGAAGGCCAGCUUCCCACACACGAUGAAGGUGCAACUCAAGUUCCUCAAAUACCUGAAAAAACAAGCGAAAAAGGCAAACCUGUUGAAGAACCUGAAGUCACUACUGCUCAUGUUCCUGCAGUUGGUGUUACUGAACCAGUGGUUACUGUACUUCCAGAACAUAAACCUACUGAAGCCGAAGAAAUGCCAGAACACAAACCGGAAGCUGGAAUUACUGAAAGAGUUGGCGGAGAGGAACAUACUACUCCUCGUUAUGUAUCUGCCGAAGGUUUGCCGGAACUUGCCCCUGGAACCAAACAACCAGAAGGAACAACAGUGCAACCUGAAGGCAGUACUGCCAAAGCUGAAGAACACCCAGAAACUGUUCAACUUACUCAUGAAAUUGAAAGUAGUACUGCUAAGACUGCUGAAGAACCGCAUAUUACAACCGUUCAACCAGGUUAUGAAUCCGAAGGCAGUACUUCGAAAGCGGUUGAACAACCAGAAAUUACAGCUAAACCUGGCUAUGAACAUGAAGGAAGUACUCCGAAAACUGAUGAAGCACAACCAGAGAUUACAGCUAAACCCAGUUAUGAAUCUGAAGCUACUACACUUAAAAGUGUCGGAGAACUCGAAGGGUCUACAGCUCAACCUAGUCACGAAAUUGAAGGCGCUGAAAAGGCCGAAAUUACAACAAUGCAACCUAGUCAUGAAGCUGAACAACCCGAAAUCACAACGGCUCUACCUGGUUACGAACACGAAGGUACCACUAUUAAAGCUGCUGGACAAGAACCAGAAAUUACAGUUAAACCUAGUCAUGAAGCUAAACAACCCGAAAUCACAACGGCUCUACCUGGUUACGAACACGAAGGCACCACUAUUAAAGCUGCAGGACAACAACCAGAAAUUACAGUCAAACCUAGCUACGAACCUGAAGGUACUACUCUUAAAAGUGCUGAACAACCAGAAAUCACAGUCAAACCUUUCUAUGAACCCGAAGGAACCACUGUUAAAGGUGUCGAGCAGCCAGAAAUCACAGCCAAACCUGGAUAUGAGCAUGAAAGUACCACACUUAAGAGUGCUGAACAACCCGAAAUCACAACCAAGCCGAGCUAUGAAUCUGAAGGUACCACUGUUAAAGCUGUCGAGCAUCCAGAAUUCACAGCCAAACCUGGAUAUGAGCCUGAAGGUACCACCCUUAAGAGUGCUGAACAACCCGAAAUCACAGCCAAGCCUACCUAUGAACUUGAAGGUACCACUCUUAAAGAGAUCGAGCAACCCGAAAUCACAGUUAAGCCUAGCUAUGAACCCAAAGGUACCGAACAACCAGAAAUCACAAUUAAACCUGGUUAUGAGCUCGAGGGUACCACUCUUAAAAGCGUCGAACAACCUGAAGUCACAGGUAAACCAGCAUAUGAGCCCGAAAAGACUACUGUUAAGAGUGACGAACACCCCGAAAUCACAGUUAAGCCUAGUUAUGAACCCGAAGGUACCGAACAACCAGAAAUCACAGCUAAACCUGGAUAUGAGUCCGAGGGUACCACUCUUAAGAGUGUCGAACAACCUGAAGUCACAACAAUUAAAACUGGCUACGUUCCUGAAGGAAGUACCGAGCCUGGAAUUCCAGAAAAAGAAGAACCUUCUGUCCAAACCACUCCCAGAGGAGAGGAAUCUGAAGUCACAGAAAAGGAAACUAAACCAUUUGUUUACAUUCCUCCUACUUCUGAUCAUGAGCAUGUACCAGAAGAAGGUGGAGUUACCGAAAAAGAAGGAGAAAGUUACACGACUAUCGGUUAUAAACCCGAAACUACUAUUCGUCCUGAACAUAUUCCAAGCGAAGGCGAAGCGCCUAAAACAACGGAAGAAGAAGCAACAGAACCGGUAGUUACAGUGACGGCAGUGCCUGCACUACCAGAAGGACAACAACCUGAAGAAGGCGAAGAAGAAGCUCCAACAAGACCUAUAGUUCCAAGUCUCGAAGAAGAAAAAGAAAAAUCAACUGAAGUUCCUACCACGGUACGAUCUCCAAUCAGUGGUGAAGAAACCACCGAACCUCGACCGGCAAUCCCCGGCGAAGGCCAAGAAAUCCCCGAAACAUCAACCAAACCUGAAGUUUUCACUUCCCCAACACUCACUUCAACCACUCAGCCCAACACCACCGAAUUAUACACUUCGGGUCCAACUACUGAAGAAUCAACCAAGAAAAGCGUCACUGGUGAACUAUCAACCUCCGCUCCGUCCACCACUCUCACCAGUUCUACAACACUGCCACCACCUCACAGCAUGCCCGAAUCGCCUGACUACCAAGCCCCCGUCGAGGAGGAAGACUACGGCGAAGAGGACCAAAGUGCCUUCGGCCCUGGUACUUGUCGAUACGGCGGCAAAGUUUACGUUUCUGCUCAGCAAAUCCCUCGCGAUGAUCCUUGUGAUUUCUGCUUUUGCUUCCGCAGCGAUAUCAUUUGUUUGCAACAGAGCUGUCCUCCGCCAAUCCCGCGAUGCCACGAAGAACCUAUUCGUGGUUUCUGUUGCCCGAGAUACGAAUGCCCCGUUUCUAUGGCAACUUCUGUCAAUAUAACAACGACCACCACAACAACGACAACCACACUACCUCCGCACUUCUUCUCGCACGCUUACAAGGGCAGGGCCCAGAGGAGCGGAUGUCAGAUAAGAAAUAAAGCGUAUCAAGUCGGUGAGGAGAUUAAAUCAGCGUCGGGACCUUGCCUCCACUGCAUAUGUGGCGACAACGGUCAAAUGAAAUGUGAUCCGAAGGCUUGCAGUCCUGAGCCGAUGUUGAGGCAGAUGAUAGCCGCGGCGGAAUCGCGAAGGAGAAGAUGAGUCGUCGAAGAAAAAUAGUGACAAUGCACGAGUCAGGAGUGUUGUGCAAGUGAUAAGACAAUUAUAUAAUUGAUUAUAGUCGCGAACUUUAACAUAAAGCAUUCUCGGGUGCCAAAAUGAACUCUAAUCUGUUGUAUAACUUAGGUUUUGUGCCUUUUUGCGCGGACUUGGUCGAGUCCCUCAUGUGCAUGUGGAAAUCGCACGAUAAAACAACAAAUUUUGGUGAUGCACACGUAUACUUUUUUCGACUACUUAUUUAUAUUAUGACUGAACUGAAAUUUUUUACAAUUUUUGUAAUUAGAUUUUUUCAAGUGUCGUUUUUUGAUAAGCCAUUUGAUAUACCCCAUGGGCUCUUAUAAUAAUUAGUGUUAUUUGUGUUGCGUAUCCCGAACGAGUCUGAGUUGUUUGACUAGCAGAAAGUGCAUAUUUUAUGUAGCUUAAACCGACUAUUUAAAUUACAAAAAAUAUUUCUGCUACUUGAACGCUUAGACGACUACUUGUAUAUUAACGGAUGCUCAAUAUUAUAUAUAAUUAAGUAGAUCUUGUAGUAUUUAUCUAUAAUUAAAAAUAAAUAAAUUAUGUAAAUGAUUUACACACACAUCUACACUUAUUUCCAAUCCACACCCCAACACAGACAAAUACGACUGUUUCUUCACAAAAUCCUCAUAAAUGUUGUGAUUCUAGACUAGAUAGACAUUUAACAAAUAAAUUAUCUCUACAAUUA